AUGGAGAACAAUAAGGAUCAACAAAGCAUAACCUCGUAUCUAAAGUUUUUCAUUGCUAAACUAUAUUCCCGUAACUUCUUUGCUUUUAACCUAGCUUUUUGCUGCUGUUGUUUACUUGUUGGUAUUACACUCACUUUUUGUGCCAAAACAUUUUCAUUCAACAUUCAAUUGCAACAACUCCAAAAUCCACCCCUUAUCUUCAAUGAACCUUCUCAUUUUUCUCCUCCUCCAAUCUCAUCCAACAACUCAACAAAAUCACAUUAUCAAAACAACCAAACAAAAUUUUCAAUCAAUGAAAAUAGUUUGGAGGAUUACUCGAAGAUUCCAAUGGUUACACAUGAUAUGAACGAUGAUGAAUUGUUUCGAAGAACUUCGUUGAUUUCUAUGAUUCACGAACCUCCGUUCAAUCAAACACCAAAGAUUGCCUUUAUGUUUUUGACAAAAGGUCCCGUCUUGUUAGCUCCUUUUUGGGAGAAAUUCUUCAAAGGAAAUGAAGGGAUGUAUUCAAUCUACAUUCAUCCAAGUCCAUCUUUCAAUCAAACGGUUUACAAUGAAAGAUCUGUGUUUCAUGGCCGAAGAAUCCCAAGCAAGGAGGUAAAGUGGGGUGAGACUAGCAUGAUAGAGGCAGAGAGGCGUCUACUAGCAAAUGCAUUGCUUGAUUUCUCAAACCAAAGAUUUGUACUACUUUCAGAAUCAUGUAUACCAUUGUUCAAUUUCUCCACAAUUUAUACUUAUCUAAUGAACUCAAAUGAAACCUUUGUGGAAGCCAAUGAGAUUAAGAAUUCACAAUGGAAAAAAGGGUCUCAAUGGUUUCAAAUUGACCGUUACCUUGGACUUCACAUAGUUUCUGACAAGACAUAUUUUUCUAUGUUCAAAAAGUAUUGCAACACUCCAUGCUAUAGUGAUGAACAUUACCUGCCAACUUUUAUUAGCAACGAAUUUGGGAAGAGAAAUUCUAAUAGGACUUUAACUUGGGUUGAUUGGUCAAAAGGUGGACCCCAUCCUUCAAGUUUUACAGGAAAAGAUGUGACUACUGAAUUUUUGGAGAGGUUGAGGUUUGGAAGCACUUGUGAGCACAAUGGAAGGACAUCCAUUUGUCAUUUGUUUGCAAGGAAGUUCACUCCUCAUGCUUUGGAUAUAUUGGUUAGAUAUGCUCCAAAGUUAAUGCAAUUCAAUUGAUUUUACAUUUCAGAUAUAUAUUUUUGUUUUGUUUUCUUCCAUUGAUUAUGUUCACUUGUGCUACAUUUUCCCCCACAGAUGAAACGUUCAUCGAUUUAUGUAAUACAUUUAGUGACACCUAGAAUUUGGCCAUUGCUUAGAGUUUUUUUCAUAGCGAGUAUAUUAUUCUUUCUAGAAAUUGUCUAGUUUGUUUCCUCACUACUAUAUCCCU